AUGGUUAGGGCUUAUCCAUGGAAACUAAUAUCCUUGUUCGAGCAAGCCGAAACAGCAGAGGUUGAAGAUGAAGAUCAAACAAGAAAAUUUUACUCCAACCAAAUCAAAUACACAACACAAACUGGGAUGCUAAGAGUCAAUACAAAAGAAACAAGUGGCAAUCUCUUUGAGUACAGCCCUAAUGCUGAGGGUUUUGAAGAGGACGAAUAA